GUUGAAACAAUUAUUAUAAAGCGCUAUAAUAUUUAUAUGUUUUCGGUAUGGGAGAAUGAAAGAGCUGAAAAGUUUAUUGCCCAAUUACCAAAUUAGUAAAAAAGUUCAAAUUAAGCAGACGUGAUUUGACAAGAAGAGCUGAGUCCGGCGGUGAUGGCUGAUGAUCCGGCGGCCAGUUGGGAGGCUGUUCAAACGACCAAAACAGAUUUCUCAUCUUCCAAUUCCACUCGCUCAACAUCAAAACUUGUCCUGAUCACGACGAGUUUCUAGUCUCCCAAUUCGUAUUCUCAGCUUGUUCCAUAUCGCUUCUUUUCGCGCGAUCAGUAUUUUAAAACACUCCGAUCACUCCAUCGCUCUUCACGUGGAAUGCGUUGAUAUUGGAGUACUCGAAAAGCUCCAGUGAGAUUGAGUCCCUAAGUCGUUUAUCCGCCUUUCGAGAACCGGAAUAAAACCUGAUAAGAUUGUUUUCCCCUCCGUGCUAAAAUCUGAUGGGUGCUGUUCCAUUGUUGGAACUGGCGGAUCAGUUCGUUCAAUGUCGAUAAAGAAGGGGUUUUCUUUUGAUGUCCAUGUGAAUAACGCCCUCCUGAAAAUGUACGCUGCAUGUGGUGUGAUAGCGUUUGCAAGGAAGGUGUUCGAAGAAAUGUCUGAAAGGGACAUGGUUUCUUAGAGCUUUAUGAUUUCUAGCUAUGUUGAUGGAAACAUGGAACUGUUCCCUUCCACAUCAGUUUUGAGUGUUCCUAUCAUCCUAUGUACUUCCUUGAAUUCUUGUAGUAACCUCCCUUCAGAUGCUAUGGGAGUGUUCAAGAAGAUGAAGCUUGCAAAUGAGAAGGAAACUUCAAUCACUUUGGUGAGCUUGCUAUCUGCGUGUACCAGUCUCCUGAAUGCCAGACUAGGCGAGUCCAUCCAUUCGCAAAUCCUGACCCAUGGUAUUGAAUUGCAUGUUGGCCUCGGAACAGCCCUCCUUCAGAUGUACGCAAAGUGCGCCCACGUGGAAAAAGCCUUCCACAUCUUCAAUAUAAUGAGCGCCAAGAAUCUGCGGUCCUGGACUAUAACUAUAUCUGCACUUGCAGAUAAUGGCCAUGGAGAAGAAGCCAUAUCCUUAUUAUCCAGAAUGGAAAAAUCCGGACUGAGGCCCGACAGCUUGUCAUUCUCUGCCAUUUUGUCUGCUUGCGGUCACUUGGAUCUUGUCGAUAAAGGGCGUGACCUGUUCAGGAGAAUGACGAGUGUUCAUGAUAUCAGACCAAGCAUGGAACAUUAUGGAUGUAUGGUGGACUUGCUUGGACGUGCAGGUAAGAUAGAGGAAGCUUACCAGGUCAUCAUGCACAUGCCGAUGGAACCGAAUUCUGUAAUACUAAGAAGCUUUAUUAGUGCCUGCAAACAGCAUGAACGCAUUGUUCCUCAUAUCAAUGAGAACCUUAAGGAAAUUUUGCAUAGAAUAGAGCCUGAUAUUGCAGCCAACUAUGUCCUUGCUGCCAAUAUGUCUUCCAACCAGGGUAAUUGGGAUGAUGCCGAUGGACUGCAAACUUGUAUCAAAGAAAAGGGCUCUAAGAAAGUUUUUGGUUGCAGUUGGGUGCAGCGGCUGAUCUAGAUCCUUUAUUAAGUGUGGGCCGAAAAGUAAAAGAACAUAUCUCUGUCCUUAAAUCUUUAUCAUUUUCGAUUGAUUUACGACUGAGAUGAAAUCAAGUUGUUCGUGAUAAUAUCUGAAAACCCGAAUUUAAAUAUCAUAAGAAAUUGAUACUCCGUAGUUAGAAUCAAAUUACAAAAACUAAUUGAAUAGC